GUGCGGACGCACCUGCUGCUGCCCCUGCAGCAGAAGGGGCAGAGGCCGGGGAGCCUAAGCCAGACGGUGCACCAACAGGAGAAGCCACCACAGAGGCCACAGCGCCAGCUGAGGGAGAGGCGUCCGCCGAGCCAAAGGCUGAGGAGGGGGCCACAGCCGAAGCUGGUGCAGCCGAAGGUGCACCCGCAGCUGAAGCAGCAGCUGAUGCGCCAGCAGAUGCCCCAGAGGCAGGAACAGCCGAGGCCCCGGCAGACGCAUCUGCAGAAGCACCCGCAGUUAAGGCAGCUGAAGGCACCGAGACUGCUGAAGCGGGAGGCACGGAG